CUGUGUAAUGAUAUUGUUUGCAGUGAUGCUCAGACAGCGAGCACCUGCUGCUCUGUAAUGAUUCAGCCUCUUUCAGCCGCCGCUGUAACACGACAGGAUGCUGCUGCUACUGUCACUUCUGCCGCUGCCGCUGUUGUUACAGAUUUUGCUUUUGCUCCUUCUACCGCAUGACAAUUGUUUUCCUCGUCUAAGCAGAUACCAGCCUCAGAUGCUCAAGGUGAGAGUCUUACCUUUCGCUCUGGGCUACUGGUUCACUUAAUCUGGUCAGUUUGUUCAGUGUUUGUGGUUUCCUUUAUCUCAUCACCCUCCUUCCCGCUGUUUUGUUUUGUUGUGCUUGCUUUUGGGGGAAUGUUUCUUCCCUCCUUCAGAAGAACUGAAAUUGCUUGAGAGGCAUUUAAGGAAUUAUAAAAGUGGCUAGCAAACAGGAGCUCAGUAAUUGCAAAACUGUUCUCGCUUCAGAGAAGCAGAGAGAGUGACAGAGGGCUUGGGGGCAGGGGGACCGGGGGGCAUCUGAUUUUUCCUGUGUGUUACUCCUCUCCCAGUUUGGAUGACGUUGCUGAGCUUGGACCUUUUAUUGACUCCCACUCUGAUUUUUGCAGAGCACUGUGACUAUUACUACCAUCUCUUUUUGUCUGUGUCUCACAGUAAUGGACUGUGAUAGAGUUAAGGCCUUUUGGAGGUGAACUGUUUGAGAGCUGAUGUUUAAACAUGUCUGAAGUAGCUGCCGACACUUUCCCCAGCCCCUCAGCUCAGCUGAGCCCUGAUGCAUCCCUCAACGGGCUCCCAGAUGAGGAGAACAUGCCGGGGACCCAAAGAGAGGACAGGAGGGUCCAGGGGAUAGCAGGCCUUGCCGCAACCUGCUGUGCGUGCCUGGAGGCAGAGCGACUGAAGGGCUGCCUCAACUCUGAAAAGAUCUGCAUCGCCCCUAUCCUGGCUUGCCUGCUUAGCCUUUGCCUCUGCAUUGCUGGCCUCAAGUGGGUCUUUGUGGACAAGAUUUUUGAGUAUGACUCUCCUACCCACCUUGACCCUGGGAGGAUAGGACAAGACCCAAAGAGCGCUGUGGAUCCUACAGCUCUGUCUGCCUGGGUGCCUUCGGAGGUUUAUGCCUCACCGUUCCUCGUACCUAGCCCCAAGAGCAAGGCUGAAGUGACAGUGCAAAGUGACAGCUCACUUGUGCCCUCCAAACCAUUCCUCCAGCCUUCUCUGUAUAACCGCGUCCUAGAUGUUGGGUUGUUGUCCUCUGCUGCUCCUUCGCUGUCACCACCCGCCCUGGAGCCUACCACAGCGUCUCAGGCACAAGCAACAGAAACCAACCUCCAAACCACUCCAAAACUUUCCACUUCCACAUCUACAACUGGGACAAGUCAUCUCACAAAAUGUGACGUAAAGCAGAAAGCCUUCUGUGUAAAUGGGGGAGAGUGUUACAUGGUUAAAGACCUCCCAAACCCCCCAAGAUACCUGUGCAGGUGCCCAAAUGAAUUUACUGGUGAUCGCUGCCAAAACUACGUAAUGGCCAGCUUCUACAAGCAUCUUGGGAUUGAAUUUAUGGAAGCUGAGGAAUUGUACCAGAAACGGGUGCUGACCAUAACUGGCAUUUGCAUUGCUCUUCUAGUAGUUGGCAUCAUGUGUGUGGUGGCCUACUGCAAAACCAAGAAGCAGAGGAAGAAGUUGCACGACCGCCUUCGGCAGAGCCUGCGCUCGGAAAGGAACAACGUGAUGAACAUGGCCAACGGGCCACACCACCCCAACCCUCCGCCAGACAACGUCCAGCUGGUGAAUCAGUACGUUUCGAAAAAUGUAAUCUCCAGUGAGCAUGUCAUCGAGCGAGAAACAGAGACCUCAUUUUCUACAAGCCACUACACCUCAACAACACACCACUCCGUGACAGUCACCCAGACACCUAGCCACAGCUGGAGUAACGGCCACACCGAAAGCAUCCUCUCUGAGAGCCACUCGGUGCUCGUCAGCUCCUCCAUGGAGAACAGCAGGCACGCCAGCCCGGCGGGGCCGCGCGGCCGCCUCAACGGCAUCGGCGGCCCACGGGAAGGCAGCAGCUUCCUCCGGCAUGCGAGAGAGACCCCCGACUCCUACCGAGACUCCCCUCACAGCGAAAGGUAUGUCUCAGCUAUGACCACACCAGCUCGCAUGUCACCCGUCGAUUUUCACACUCCGACUUCUCCCAAGUCCCGCCCCUCCACAAUGUCACCACCGGCUUCCAGCCUGACCGUCUCCAUCCCCUCAGUGGCGGUGAGUCCCUUCAUAGAAGAGGAGCGGCCGCUGCUCCUGGUGACCCCACUGCAGCUGCAUGAGAAGUACGACCACCACCUUCAGCAGUUCAACUCCUUUCACCACAACGCCACCCACGAGAGCAACAGCCUGCCGCCGAGCCCUCUGCGGAUAGUGGAGGAUGAGGAGUACGAGACCACGCAGGAGUACGAACCAGCACAGGAGCCUCCAAAGAAACUCACCAACAGCCGGAGGGUCAAAAGAACAAAGCCCAACGGCCACAUUUCCAGCAGGGUGGAAGUGGACUCCGACACGAGCUCUGAGAGCAGCAGCUCUGAGACCGAGACCGAAGACGAAAGAAUAGGCGAGGAUACACCGUUCCUGAGCAUACCGAACCCCGGGGCGGCCGGUCUGGAGCCGGCCACGGCCUUCCGGCUGGCUGAGAGCAGGACUAGCCCGGCAAACCGCUUCUCCACGCCGGAAGACUUGCAAGCAAGGUUGUCCAGUGCGAUAGCUAACCAAGACCCUAUUGCUGUAUAAAACAUAAACCACAUAGAUUCACAUGUAAAACUUUAUUUUAUAUAAUGAAGUAUUCCACCUUUAAAUUAAACGAUUUAUUUUAUUUUAGCAAUUCCGCUGAUAGAAAACAGGAGAGGAAAAAAAAAAAAAACUUUUAUAAAUUAAAUAUACGUAUGUACAAAUGUGUUAUGUGCCAUAUGUAGCAAUUUUUUACAGUAUUUCAAAAAUGGGGAAAGAUAUCAAUGGUGCCUUUAUGUUAUGUUAAGUUGAGAGCAAGUUUUGUACAGUUACAAUGAUGGCUGUCCCAUAGUAUUUUGCAAAACCUUUUAGCCCUCAGUUGUCCUAGCUUUUUUGUGCACUG